AUGCCUGACCACCCGGCCCUGUCUUCAGCAAGUAUCCUUUUAGACCUUCAGGAGCUAACGCGGCACCUGGCACUUAGUGGCCCCUCGACGUCUACUCGGUGGGUGUUCAGUGAGUGGCAGUGGGGCUGGCAGUGGCCGCCCGCUUCCAUUUCCCGAGCCGUCAUCGGCGCCAUCCCCUUGCGGGGGUUCCGGGUGUCAGUUACCUCGCGGGGGCAGCCUUUCCUGCCGGCUCCGGCCUGCGGCUCUCGUCUCCUGUGUUCAGCUGUUAGUCCUCCUUUCCAUCCAGUCUCUUUCUCCUCAGAACAUGGUGAUCCUCCAUCUGUAGAGACUUCUCUGCCUCCACCGCCCUCCUCUGCCCUGUCUCCUGAUAUUCUGGGUCCUCACAACCUAAGCUUGUCACUUGUGUCCCACGGCCCCAAUUGCUGGGUUUGCCCACUGCCUGGAGAGCACGCCAUGCUUGGCCUCUUCAAGAGCCCUUUCUUUGAGAACUGCUUUUUACCCAGCUCCCCAAGGGUGCUCAAGGUGCCUGCUUAUCGAUCCACCUUGAACAGGCACCAAUAUAUUCUAAUUAAGAGAGUGUACAGGUUUCUCCUUUUGGCGGCGCGUGGUGGCAAGAAGGCGGUGCAGAUUUCCAAGAAGAGGAAGUUUGUUGCUGACGGCAUAUUCAAAGCUGAACUGAACGAGUUUCUCAUUUGGGAGCUGGCUGAAGAUGGGUACUCUGGAGUUGAGGUCCGAGUUACACCAACCAGGACAGAAAUCAUUAUCUUGGCCACCAGGACACACAAUGUUCUUGGUGAGAAGGGCCGGCGGAUCCGGGAAUUGACUGUUGUGGUUCAGAAGAGAUUUGGCUUCCCUGAGGGCAGUGUAGAGCUUUAUGCUGAAACGGUGGCCACAAGAAGUCUGUGCGCCAUUGCCCAGGCAGAGCCUCUGCGUUACAAAUUCCUAGGAGGCCUUGCUGUGUGGAGGGCCUGCUGUGGUGUGCUGCGGUUCAUCAUGGAGAGUGGGGCUAAAGGCUGCGAGGUCGUGGUGUCUGGGAAACUCCCAGGACAGAGGGCUAAAUCCAUGAAGUUUGUGGAUGGCCUGGUGAUCCACAGUGGGGACCCUGUUAACUACUAUGUCGAUACUGCCGUGCGCCAUGACGUUGCUGGGCACAAGGUAAAGAUCAUGCUGCCUUGGGACCCAACUGGUAAGACUGGCCCUAAGAAGCCCCUGCCUGAUCAUGUGAGCAUCGUGGAACCCAAGGAUGAAAGAAUACUGCCCACCACCUCCAUCUCCGAGCAGAAGGGUGGGAAGCCAGAGCCGCCUGCCAUGCCCCAACCGGUACCCACAGCAUAAUAGGGUCUCCUUGGCCGCUGGAUCUGGAGUCUGGAUGUUGCUCUAUAAAGACAUUUAAUAAAAAUCUUUUUAAAAGAAGAAAAAAAAA